AGAUAACCCAAAGUCUUAUUUCCUUUUCAACAUUUCAAAUAAGGACGGUGAUCAUUGGUCGUUGAUGUAGAUACACAUGCAUUAACAAACGCUUCGUUUACGGAGAGUAGCAUUGCUCUGCGAUUGCUCAUCAUGAUGCGCUACUGGGGCGAGAUCCCCGGGCCUGCAGGUGGCCCGGCCAGUCGCAGCUCCUUUGAUUUGCUCCAGCGUGAGUUUCGCUCUGUGGAGAUGCAGGACCCUCCGCUGCAUCAGCCGUCGGCCCAGCGCCCGCGCCCCACCACCAUGUUGGACGUCCCGUCAGAACCUUGUAGUCUGACCAUUCACACGGUGCAGCUGUGCCAGCAUGCCCGCCGCCUCCGUGGCCUUCUGGCGGCAUCUCAGGGUCAGAGCUCGACGCCUUCGGAGGUUGGUGGCAGGCCGGAGGAUGUGGAUGCAAACCUGCCCUUGCGUCCUCCCACCCCACCUGCCAUGCCUGAUGACUUGCUACCAAUUGAUAGCAAAGAACCUCGACAACCCUUUCAGCUCCGCCACAGUGACCCUGAAAGUGACUUUUAUAAGGGUAAAGGGGAGCCGGUCACAGAGCUGAGUUGGCCCUCCUGCAGACAGCUCCUUUAUCAGUCGGUGGCCACCAUCUUGGCUCACGCAGGCUUGGAGAUGGCCCAUGAGAGCGUCCUAGAAACUCUGACCGAUCUGGUUCACGAGCACUACCUACGCCUGACCCGCCUUCUGCGGGUAGCUGUGGACAGGGAGGCCCGGCUGGGUGCCACACCCUUUCCUGAUGUGAUGGAGCAAGUUUUCCAUGAAAUGGGGAUCGGCAGUGUGCUUGCCCUGCAGCGCUUCUGGCAAGUGCGCAUCAAGGAUUAUCACAGUUACAUGUUACAGGUCUGUAAUGAUCUGUCAGAAGAAUACGAGAGGUUGGUGAAUCCAGAAAAGGCUCCGGAGGACUCCAAGCCCCCCAGGAUCAAGGAGGAGCCGAUGAGUGACAUUUCCUUCCCUGUUAGUGAGGAGCCAGAGGCUGACCUAGCAUCUGGGGACCAAGCCUUGCCCAUGGGGGUCCUCGGGGCUCAUGGUGAGAGGCUGUCAGCAGGCCUGGAUGCCGACCAUUCUCCUCACACCUCAGGUGGUGGCGUGGCCAACAACUCUCCCUUGUGGCCACACGUAAAAAUGGAACCGCACGAUGGCGAGGAAGGCCAGGGUGCUUCACACCACCCCCAUCAUCAUCAUCACCACCUGGGCGGAGACGUGUUUGACGAGGGUGGCCCCAUGUCGACAAUGAGCGAGUCUGGAGGCGCUAUGAACCCCUCUCCCGCUGGGGCGGCAUCAGAUGGCAGCUAUGCCUCACAUUCCCCGGACUCUUUGAUGAGCACCUCACCAGUCUUCAAUCAGAGACCCAAGAAACGAGCAAGGAAGAUGUGAGGUUGUUUUUUAAAAUUGAAUAGAAAAUGAAAGGAAAAAAAAAAGUUGACCUGAUUGUUUUUGUCUUCAAAAACAAUCAAUUGUACAGUACAUAGUAAAGUUGCUGACAUUGUUAGACAUUGGUUAGCAAGAUUUAUCAUUUAUUAUGAAAGGAAGAAAAUGUCUGUCUUCCUCUGCUUGUUUUUUUUUUUUUAAAUAAUCCUUUCCAUCAUUGGAUUGAACGCUUUGUUUUCUCUGUUUAAAUCUAAUCGGCACAGCCGGAAGCAGAAAUGUUGCUGCAUAUUGUUUUUGACUCCAGACCAAUCAUGUCCUCUCUCUCCUCAGUAAGGCAACGUACAAGGGGCUGCACUAUACGUGCUCCACAUACCUAGCAAGCUUCAGAUGCAAUGCUAAAUUAGCAUCCGUUCUAGCCGAGCUGACAGCGAGACACCAGCAAGAAGUGCCGUGUGCUUGUGCACAUUAUGAAGACAUCGUGCGUUCAGCCAUAAUGGCAAAGUAAUUGCUUCAUUUUUUCCUGCUCAAUGAGCUGAUGUAUUCAAAUCCACGGGCAGUUUGCUGCGCAUGUUCCGAGUGGGAGAAGUGCUUUUAGCCAGGUUUGUACUAACGUCUAAUUAAGUCCUGUGAUAGCUAAGUCACGGUUGUCUGAACAAAAAAAAAAAAAAGGAUCUGCACUUUUCCCCCAUAUGUGGCAAUACAGUGGCUUGGUUAAAAGUAGUCGGAGUGCUCAGUGGUAUCACGUGUAAUAUAUUUCAAAGUCUCUCCCUCACGUUUUCCAAACUAGUGGCACUUCCUAAAUGCGGCUCAUACAUCAUCAUGAACUUGUGCCAGAUUCCUGCGGUAAAACGUCAGGGCCAGUAAAGAUGAUGAUGCAUUAAAGCGUCUCUGGUGGCAA